CUACAUUAAGCUGCCCAAUGUGUACACGCACCCAGACAUACCUGCAAAGAGAACCAACAUACCACAGAGGAAAGAUUUGGAGAAGUGGUCUUACCUGAACCGAGUCCAUCUUCCAAAACUGGAAUCAGAGAUUGGCCUUCUCAUCGGUUCCAACGCCCACAAGGCUAUGGAGCCAUGGGAGAUCAUAAACAGCCGAAACGAAGGUCCUUGGGCUGUGAAGACGGCCCUAGGGUGGUGUGUCAACGGACCUGUCAGCAGAUGCCAAGACAAACAAUCCGAUGGCGCUGAGGGACAGAGUUUCUCAGUGAAUCGCAUCUCUGUUCUAAGCAUAGAAGACAUGUUGAUGAGGCACUACGAGGCUGAUUUCCCCGAACGCCGGUGCGAGGACAAGUCAGAGCCAUCACAACAUGACAAACAGUUUAUGCACACUGUGACAACAUCAGCACAUCUGACCGAUGGCCAUUACACCAUCAAGCUGCCUCUGAAGGAAGACUCUGUGAAGAUGCCAUGCAACCGUGGUAUAGCUGAGCAACGGCUGAACUCCCUGAAGCGGAAGUUUAACAGAAAUGCAGACUUCUUUCAAGAGUACAACAGCUUCAUGAACAACAUCCUGGAGAAAGGUUACGCCACCAGAGUUCCAGAUGAGCAGCUGAGUCGCAGUGACGGGAGAGUGUGGUUCAUCCCACACCAUGGGGUGUACCACCCGAAAAAGAAAAAGUUGAGGGUUGUGUUCGAUUGCGCGGCAACAUACCAAGGAGUGUCGCUGAACGACAGACUGCUACAAGGGCCGGACCUUACAAACACCCUAAUCGGAGUGCUGCUGAGGUUCAGGCAGGAGCCUGUCGCACUGAUGGCGGACAUCGAAUCCAUGUUCUACCAGGUGCGGGUUCCAGACGAAGACGCGGAUUUGUUGCGCUUCCUUUGGUGGCCAGGCGGCAAUUUGAACAAACCUGUGGAAGAGUACAGGAUGUGCGUGCACCUCUUCGGAGCCACGUCGUCCCCCAGUUGCGCUUCGUAUGCGCUCAGGAGAACAGCACAAGGCGCAGCUGCAACUACUUCACCAGAAGCCGCAGAGACAGUCCUCAAAAACUUCUAUGUGGACGACUGUUUGAAGUCAGUUGCCACCGAAGAGGAAGCUGUGCAUCUUGUAAAGGAGCUGACGGAGUUGUGUGCCAGUGGCGGCUUCCACUUAACCAAGUGGGUAAGCAACAGUAGGGCCUUGCUGUGCUCCAUCCCUGGCGACGAAAGAGCAGCUGAAGUCAAAGAUCUGGACUUGCAGCAAGACGAACUACCAGUUGAACGAGCGUUAGGCGUGCAGUGGUGCACAAGUUCCGAUAGCUUCAAGUUCAAGAUUCAGCUGCCUGACAAGCCAUGCACAAGACGAGGCAUCCUUUCAGUUGUUAGUUCGGUGUAUGACCCGAUGGGGUUUUUGGCGCCACUACUCCUGCCCGUCAAGCUCAUUCUGAGAAACCUUUGCAAGAACAAACGAGGCUGGGAUGAGGAAAUCUCAGAGAAGCCACAACGAACAUGGAAGAAGUGGCUAGCAGACCUUGACAAGCUGUCAGAGCUCAGCGUGAGCAGAUGUUUCAAGUCCAGCUCAUUCGGAGUCACAAAGGUCGCACAAAUUCACCAUUUUUCCGACGCAAGUCAAGACGGAUACGGGGUUGUGUCUUACCUCCUGUUGACGAAUGAGCAAGAACAGAAACACGUUUGCUUCUUGAUGGGCAAGUCCCGAGUUGCUCCGCUCAAGCAAGUUACGAUCCCAAGGAUGGAGUUGACAGCUGCCAUGGUCUCAGUCAAGGUUGACCGAAUGCUAAAAGAAGAACUUCAAGUUCCCUUGACACAUUCCAUUUUCUGGACAGAUAGUACGACUGUACUAAGGUACAUUGAAAAUGACGCUCUUCGUUUCAAGACGUUUGUGGCUAACCGCGUCUCUUUCAUUAGAGAAGCCACCACAAGAGCUCAGUGGAAGUAUGUCAACACCUCCCAGAACCCAGCUGAUCAAGCUUCAAGAGGCUUAAAGAUAGAGAGCUUCAUGUCAAGCGACAACUGGUUUCAAGGGCCUAGCUUCCUGAGCGAGCCUGACCACUGGCCAGAGCAACCUGAACAGUCUACUUACCUGUCAGAAAGUGAUGAAGAGGUGAAGACAUCAGCUGCUGUAUCGUGCACGAAUCCAGUGGUCGACAACACAGAUCCAGUGAACCAACUUGUGGAGCAUUACUCCAGCUGGUACCGACUCAAGAAGGCAACUGCUUGGAUUCUGCGCCUAAAAGAGAUACUGCAACACCUGAGUGAGAAAAGAAAAGAAUUAGUGAAAGCUGUGAAAGAAUCUGAACAUGACACAGAAAAACACAAAGCAAUGGUUGAAGAACAAAUGAACACCUGUAAAAAGAACUUGGAAAAGAAAAUGCUCACAGUUGAAGAGCUAUCCAGAGCAGAAAUGGAGCUGAUCAAAUACAGUCAGAGACAGACCUAUGCUGAAGAAAUAAAAGUUCUACAGAAAGGAAAUAAAAAUGUGAAAAGAACCAGCUCAAUUUUCAAAUUGGAUCCAUACUUACAAGAUGGUGUUUUGAGAGUAGGGGGCCGCCUGAACAGAUCAGCGAUGCCUGAGGAGGCCAAGCAUCCUUUCCUUCUGUCGAAACAACACAGAGUAGCCUAG